CUCUGUUAAGCGUUGCUUAACACUUUGCCGAAAUGUUUGAUUUUAUUCGGAGAAUGUGAAUGUUGAGAAAACGGUCGGGUUUUGCGAAACGAUCGAACGCAACGGUAAAGGAGCGAAUUGGUUAGGAGAAAAUAAUAUUUAGGUAACGCGAGGUGUAAAGCGAAGGAAAGAUGUUGAAAAAAAAGAAGAAAAAAAAAAAAGAAAACCGAAAAUUAAGUACCAUCCCUCUCUCGAGGAAAAAAUCUGCGCGGUACGAUUUAGUGAAUUUUCCACAAGAGGGGUGUGUACUUAUCUCCAUGGAGGUGGGACCGCCUCCGAAACGGAUGGACCAAUCGCGUGAUGUAAACCCAACCCCCGUUCCAGCGGGUAACACGGGGCUUGAUCGAGGGUGAACUCUCGAAAGGAGACUUCAGUUUCCUCGGCAUCGUCUAUCGAGAACGAUAAAAGCGACUCUCUCGCAGUGAGGAUACUGGGGAAAAAAGAAGGAAACUUUUUUGGUAAAAACAACCGAUUUGGUUCUUGAGCAUCCGAAGAGAUGGCAGGGCCGUAUCUUUCACCUUUGGGGCCUCAAGCUGAUUUGCUCACCGAAUAUAUGUUCGGAAGACGUCGUCAGGUCAGUAGACGCAAUCGAACAACUUUUACGCCGCAACAACUUCAGGAAUUGGAGUCUCUCUUCCAGAAGACGCAUUACCCGGACGUUUUUCUAAGGGAAGAAGUCGCUCUCAGAAUUUCCCUCUCAGAAGCCCGUGUUCAGGUUUGGUUUCAAAAUCGCCGAGCAAAGUGGCGAAAGCAAGCACGACUGCAACUGCUCCAGGACGCAUGGAGAAUGCGGUGUUUAGGUCUGGGAAGCGCAGGACCCCUAAUUUUGAGACCGCCACCGACGGCAUCCUUGGAACGUCACGAUGCAGGAACACCGCCGCCGCAACCACCACCGCCGUCAUCAACUGCCGCCACUAGCAACGGAUCACCAAUGGCGACGGUUAACACUGACAAAAUACUUGGCUCACCGUCUGUGUCCGUUUGCAGAGACUACAGGAUUCUUCCACCUCCCCAUGGAUUUUCAGUGUCCUGCGAAAAGUCUCCGGAGAGAAUGAAAUGUGGCUGCGGUUCCCCACCAAGGAUAUGUGGUAGUCCGAUAGAAAGAGACACAAGCCUAACCGUCAGAGACAGACCUCAAGAAGCUGAAAUGGAUCUCACUGUGAAGGGUCCGCCUCGACACAAACCCAUCUCAACUUUGUUUCAUCACUUGCCUCAACAGGAACUUAGUCCUUCGAAAGCUGGCGACGAACCCUUAGACGUGACACUCAAUACCAACAAAAACAAUUAAACGUUGCUCUUAUCGGUUUCGUUUUUUUUAUCAUUUUUCAUUUACUGUUACUAAACUCGUUUAUCGUUCGUUUAAUUUUUCAUUCAAAAAAAAAAAAAAAAAAAAAAAAAAAAAAUAAUAAUAAUAAUGAACUGUAAAGAAUUAAAUUAUACAGAAUCACAUAUAGAGAAGACUUUGUUCAAAAAGGACAUCACUAACGAUUCAAAUAAAACUUUUAUUUAUAAUUGUCCACUGCAGCCAGUUAGUGCGAAACUUAUGUUAUUUAAUUAACAAGUUUCAUUCGAUGUUCAUAACGUAAAGAUUUUAUUUAUUCGGAAUUUCAGUAUAAUAAUAUUUUAUUUACUGUACAUUUAUAUUAAUACAACUAUCUCUGUUAUCUGUUUUUCUAAAUUAUUUUUUAUAUUAAAGAUUAUUCAUUGCAUAUUACUUGAUUGUUAAGUUUUCAAAUAGUAAUAGUGGCGACAUAUUUCUUUCUAUUCUCAUGUAAUCUCAUUGUUAGACUAAUAUGUACAUUAACUUUUAUGUUAGCCAAAGUAACGGUUUUGUACAAUUUUACUUUUGAUUUUGUGAAUAUUAAUUAACUGUUACGAGAGUGACCACUAAGUACGUAAGACAUCUUACUUUAGUAAUCUGAAAUAUUUCUUCUAUGAUUAGAAUGACAAAAGUAACGACUUUCUUUUUUCGUAUGUGUUGCGUACGGUUUUGCACGUGCAUAGUAUAGUAAAUUAUGAAAAUACUUUAAUGUAGCGAUGGUAAUAGAAUUAAGCAAAUAUUAAAAACCACUCUACAUUUUAGUACGAUUAUGUCACAUGCUUAACAAAAAUUUUGAAAUUUACUUUAUCGACUUUACAAUGUUACGUAUUAUUUAAACGCAGAGAUAACAUUGUUAUUCGCUUAAUAGUUUCGUCCGAAAUAUUAAUUUUUGUUCAUUGUGUCCCUCUGAGAAUGGAGGAAAUAUUUCACGUACCUAAUAGAUUUUGGCAAAGUAACGUUUAUAUGAUUGAAAAUACGGUAGAAUUCCGAUAAUUCGAUGUGCUCGGGACUUCUACGGUGUCGUAUUGUCAAAUAUGCCGAAUUAUUGGACUAUAUUUAUAAUGCGGUCGAAACGAAGAUGGCAAUAUAAAAAAAAAAAACUAUCACGGUUAAUAUAGUUAUUCAGUUUAUUAACUAAAAUAAGAUGCAUAAAUAAAUAAAAUAGAGAACUUGCAAAUAA